UGAGUUUGUGUUGUGUUGUUUUGUUUUGUUCUGUUUUGCUUUUGCCUUGGGAAAUGCUAAUUAUUGCUUUCGUUUUGGGAGUCUCCCUGUGGAGCUCGGCCGCUGAGGCCAAACGCGGUGUCGUUGCCGAUCUGCACGACAAGACCUUCGAGAUGCUAAUUGCCGGCGGCCAUAUACCGGACAGUGGGAUUCUGGUCAGGCACAUCGUCUCCAUACGAACCCUCAACUACAUUGAAUUCAGGGGCGACAACCACUUCUGCAGCGGCGUCCUGGUCAGCAGUCGGGCGGUGUUGACUGCCGCCCACUGCGUCACUGAGUAA